AUGGAACAAACAAGAUUAACUCGCGCAGCUGAAGAACGGAAGAAACAAGAGGGCCGAAGGCGAAAGGCAGAGGAGGAGCGUCGGCGAAAGGCACAACAAAAACUGCGCAAAGAAGAGCAGGAACGUCACCAGGAGGAGGUUAGACGACGCACGGAAGAGCUGCGAAGAAAACAAGAAGAAGAACAACGAGAAAGGGAAGAAGAACAGCGCAAAAGGGAGGAAGAACAACGUCGACGAGAGGAAGAAGCAAGACAACGAGAGGAAGAGGCUCGACGGAGGAGAGAAGAAGAACGACGUCGGCAAGAGGAGGAGCAACAUAAAAGGGAGGAAGAGCAAUGCAAAAAGGAGGAAGAGCGGCGUCGAAGAGAAGAAGAAGCAAGACAACGGCAGGAAGAGGCUCGACGGAGGAGAGAGGAACAGCGACGUCGACGAGAGGAAGAGCAACGUAAAAGGGAAGAAGAACAGCGUCGACGAGAGGAGGAGGCAAGACAACGGCAGGAAGAGGCUCAGCGGAGGAGAGAAGAACAACGACGUCAGCAAGAGGAACAACGACGUCGUCAAGAGGAGGAACAGCAGCGUAUCGACCAGCAGCGUCGUGCCACUGAUGCCCAAGUCACUAUGCAACGUGUCGUCCUCGCUAGUUCGAUCGUCACGUUCAGUUCGGGUCUCUCCAUCGAGAACACCAUCACAGGCUUUGAAUCCUGCAAAGUCCGCGUCAAAAAUAUCCCCGGCGACGCGCGCCAGGAAGAAAUUGCAGCCUUGUUUACCCAACAGGGUCUUGAUAUGUCUGAGUUUCACGUCGUAUCUAUGAAAGACACCCCUGGGAGACGCGGGAAGAAAGAGGCAGAUAUCAUCACGAACGCCGAUGUUGCACAAUCAUUGGCGGUCGGCCUUGAAGGUCUCGAAUUCAGAGACGAGAGAUUGGAGUUUGAAGUCGGGAUAUUCAAUGCACCUGGUGCCAUGGGUGCUCUGACACCAAGGGACGAGAAUACGUUGACAAUCUCGUGUCGCGCACCUUCCGUCCGUUAUGUUGUCGAAUAUCCCGACAUAGCUUUCUGUCACACUAAAGUGAGGGAACUCGACGGUCGUAUAUGUGCCGGACGGCGGGUGAAGGUGGAAAUGAACCAACUCCCCCCAGGGCGUAUUGUGCCCAGCUUCCGACCAAACACUAUCAAGAUCAGUAACCUGCCUGAUGUUGUCCCUCCCUCCAUUGUGAUUGACUUCGCCCAGUCUCACUCAAUACGUGCUCUCAAACCUCAUAGCUUCGAUGUGGAUUCAGCGAUUCGCACUCUACGGCUACAUAUCAUGCAGAUAGAAGGCAUCGGAAUGCAGUCUUUCGACGUUACCUCCCGAGGUGAUAACGAAGCUGGGGUGCUUUCAAUUCGUGCCCGUUUCAAUACUUGGGAUAACACAAAGAAAGUUCAUGAUGCUCUCCUGGACCGACGUUUCAGUUUUAUCUGCAAUUCCGUGUUUUGGCUCCGGAUUCCCCCUCAAGCACUUUACACCAUUACCAUCCCAUCCGGACAGUACCGCGCCCAAGAAAACCUUUGGAAAGAGCUCCAGGAGAACAUCAAAGAUCGUAAAGCCUGCAACAUCAUUAUUCGUGAGCUCAACGGCGGGAACUACCGCAUCCAAGUGUCAGGGACGAUCAAGGCUGCCCUUGGUGCACUCAAAGUCCGUGUCGAAAGUUUAGCUGCUGGUGAAAAGAUCGAACGUUGGCACGACCAUCUAGCUUUUCCUCAAGCCCCGUUAAUGCAGAGGAUCACUGAGGCAGGCGCCUUUUUACGCUCGGAUUCUCGGAAGCGGACGCUCAAGCUGUAUGGAGAGCCGAAGGUGGUGGAAAAAGCCAAAGCAAUUGUUAUGGAGGAGUUGGAACGUCUUGCGUCUCUGGAAUUCACUGUGACAUUGCGACGUCCCUCGGUUGGAUACUUUGUCCGGAUUGGUCUUGCAGCGAUGAGAGAAGUUUUUGGUGAAGACAACGUGGCGCUGGAUAUUCGUUCUGCUGUUAUCACGGUAAGAGGAGGAGAGGAGGUACGGCUCCAUCUUGACAAUCAUAUCGCCGAGUCCCUCAAGUCCGUCAAUGUGAACGUCGCACCCGGAUCCCAUACAUGUCCUAUAUGUUACGAUGAUGUCUCGACGCCGUUUCAAUUGGUAUGCGAGCAUGUCUACUGCACAGGCUGUAUCCGCCAUUUCCUCACUUCUGCUGCUGAAACCGGAAAUUUUCCACUUGUAUGCAUGGGGAACGAAUCAACCUGCGGAACACCCAUCUCCAUUCCUGUCAUUCAAAAGUUCCUUCCACCGACUGCUUUUAACCACCUUCUAGAAACCGUUUUCACGACGCAUGUUGACAGACAUCCGCAGGAGUUCAGGUACUGCAAGACACCGGAUUGUGCACAGAUAUACCGCAGGUCGGAAGCCGUGUCUGUUUUACGAUGCCCAUCUUGCUUCUCAGAGAUAUGUUCUUCGUGUGGCGAAGAUUCGCAUAAAAGAUUGAGCUGUGAAGAUGCUCGUAUUCAUAAUAACCCGGCGGAGCAGGAACGAAUGAGUGAAGCAUGGCUUUUGCAGCAGCGUGGUAUCAAGAAAUGCCCAACCUGUUCACGCCUUCUAGAGAAGAUUGAAGGAUGCAAUCAUAUGACGUGCCCGUGCGGAGCUCAUAUUUGCUGGCGUUGCAUGGGAGUUUUCAACGCAGGUGAAAUCUACGACCAUAUGAAUACCGCGCACGGAGGUAUAUAUGGUGAUGAGCCUGCUCCUGCCCCGCCUCAACCUCAGGCUACUAUACCCCAGCACCAAAACCCAGGUGUGGACGUUUUUCAGGGUAUCGAUUACCUUGAACAGGUUCGGCUUCUUAACGAGGCGGAAGCUCGCCGUAUUGCACAAGAGCAGUAUGAUCGAGGUAGAAGGGAGCGGGAUAGAAUUGUUGCUCUCCGCGCAGAGGCCAUGGAACAACGGAGGCGGGAAGAGGCUGACCGAGAACGGCAGCUGAGGCUGGAACGAGAGACCCAAUGGCGGCAACAAGCUGAGCGCCAAAGAAGGGAACAGGAAGAAGCUGAUCGCUUGUAUCGACAGCAGGUCAAUUGGUGGCGCACAGAACAGAAUGAGAGAGAUCAACAAGUUGCGCUAGGGCGACAAACUCUCUGGCAACAGCAGCCGACCAGGCCUCAGCCUCCUCCUCAGCCGAGCCGCCAAGACCAAGGAUCGUGGUGCGUGGUGAUGUGA